GGCUCUUUAAUUCCGUCCGUACCCGCAAACGAAGAGCUCCGCUUCUUCUCUCUCGUUCCUCCCUCCUUUACCCUACUUCCGCAGUCUCCUCGAUUUCCCGCUCGAACAUCGCGGUUUCCGGCUGAUUUGUCUGGAGCAACUCCGCAGUCGUUCGAAUUUUUUACCCUCCGAAUUGAGAUUCUCGUUGCGGCCGAGGUCCUUGCCUCUUGCGCUUCGGUAAUCUGCGGUCCCGGUCAGGUCUUCUUUUCCCUUGAAGUUGUGCCUUCGUUCGCUGGUAUAUGUACUCGGGAGUUUCUGCAGUACAGGAGAAAGAGAACAGCCUAAGCGUUGUCUAAUAUCAGUUGAGUUGAAAUGGGGCUUGAGGCUGCCAAAGAGGCUGAACCACUGGAAAGAGGUGGUCUUCAAUCCAGCUAUCCUUGAGCUAGUAACUUGCAUUCUUCAUCUCUUAUAUUCAGACCCACUGUUGGAUCUUUUGUUGUUCCUCUACUUUCUUCCCAUCAUUGCUUCAGCAAUUACUUCUCUCACAAUACUUCAUGGUAGGACAUCGUUCACUGGAGAAUCCAUUCUUAAUUUGAAUAGAUACCAAAAAGAGGAUUUGGAAAGGCUGGAUACAGGUGCUGUUUUUUAUGUAUCAUUACUUUGCUGCAAUAUGAUGCCAUCAGAGUGUUUAUUGCUGCAUAUGUCUGGAUGACUGGAUUUGGGAACAUCUUGUAUUACUAUUUGCGUACAGGAAACAUGUCUGCCAAGAAGUGUGUUAUUUCUCUGGAGUAGGCUGAUUUGAAGGGGAAGAGAGUGUUCGUCAGCGUGGAUCUCAAUGUUCCUCUCGACAAAAAUCAAGAAUGCUGACGACACCAGGGUGCGCGCCGCCCUUCCCUUCAUCAAGUACUUGAUGAAUCACGCUGCCAGAGUCAUCCUCUUCCUCUCACUUGGUCUGUACUGGUAUUCUGGUAAGAUAUCUAAGGCUGAUUUGAAGGGGAAGAGAGUGUUCGUCAGGCUGGAUCUCAAUGUUCCUCUGGACAAAAAUCAAGAUCUCGGACGGUACCAGGGUGCGCGCCGCUCUUCCCUCCAUCAAGUACUUGAUGUUCACGCCGCCAGAGUCAUCCUCUCCUCUCUCUUGGUAUUUGAUCUUUUCCCAUCUCAGCUUCAAAUCAAUCUGUUUCUAUUAGUUGAUCUGGGAAACAUGGCUGCCAAGAAGUACGUUGGGUCUCUGAAGGGGAAGAGAGAGUUUGUCGAUGUGGAUCUCAAUGUUCCUCUCGACGACAACCACAAGAUCACCGACGAUACCAGGGUUUACUCUGCUGUUCCCACCAUCAAGUACUCGACUCCUCUCCUCUCACGUGGGUCCUCGUCACAAGCAUCUAUUGCGCCUUGUCCUCGCGUGGCGGCGCGCCUCGUCCUGGCCGCCAUCGCGGUGCGCCUCGUCCUCGCCGUCAUCGCACAGUCUUCCUCCAUAGCUGUCAUCGCCGGUCUUCAUAGCUGUCGUCGCCGAUCGCCAUCAUCUAGUUGUAGAAGAUCAGGCAUUCCAGAUGAUCAACUAAAAUUAUUGUUAUCUCUGAUCUCACUCAGACUACCCACUGCUGAACCUCAUUCUACCAGUGUCAUAUUUGUUGUAGUUCCUACAAGAUUCUUCGAGCUGGCAAAUAAGUGGCUGAUGCACAACAUUAUAACUACAUCACUCACUAUCUGAAUAUUGUGUACCUUCUUGCGUGCCAUCUUUAUAGACAAAGUCCAGCUACUAAUACUCAACUUUUGAAGGGUGCAGCUAGAUGGUUACGUAGAUGCGAGUUCUACUUAGUCAGAAUAGUACCUACAACUUUUUCUUGUAGUGUUAUCACAACCUUUGUUACUCAACAUUGAUCCAUGCUAUUCAAAUAAGGUGGUUGUGAUAACUCUGCAUUCAAAAGUUGCAAGUACUAUUUGCCUUCUACAUGUAAAGCUCUUAAUUAUAUCUGACUUUUUUUAAUUUAUUACAAUUGAUC